UCCGGGUGUAAAACCUCACCGAGAACCGAAACUCACCUCCCUAGACGCUCCGGUUGGGGUCAUGGGGGCGGGAGCCCUGCUCCUGCUGCUCUCGGGGGCCCUGGCCCUGACCGAGGCUGGGGCUGCCCCUGCAGGCCCGACCUCGGACCAGAGACGCGCAUCCUUCCAGUCCCCGGGCACCCACAGCCUGAGAAUUCUCACCACCACCGUGUACCGCCCGGGCCGUGAGAAGAACCGCUACAUGGGCGCUGGCUACGUGGACGACACCGAGAUGGUGCGGUACGACAGUGACGCCAAGGGUCCCAGGCUGAAGCUGGCAGCCGCGGGGUUGGUGACGCUGUUGAUGGAGUGGCGGCGCGGGGAGGCGGAGCAUCGACAGUUUUGGGACGACUACAUGCUCAAAAUCCAGCACUACGAACAGAUGAGCAGUGCGAACCUGAACAAGCUGUGCGCCCACUACAACCAGAGCGAGGACGGGUCUCACACCUUCCAGGAACUGAGUGGAAGCGUGGUGGGGUCAGACGGGCGCUUCCUCCAUGGGUACAAUCACUUCGCCUACGACGGCGCCGACUACGUCUCCCUGACCGAGGACCUGCGCUCCUGGACUGCAGCGGCAGGAAUCAGCUGGAGCAAAAUUGUGCAGGUCCCCGAUGUGGAACGAAGGAGAGCCUACCUGCAGGAAAAGUGCGUGCGCUGGCUCCGCCUGAUCCUGGAGAAGGGGAGGGAGACUCUGCUCCUAGCAGACCAUCCAAAGACACACGUGACCCACCACCCCAUCUCUGACCACGAGGUCACCCUGAAGUGCUGGGCCCUGGGCUUCUACCCUGCGGACAUCACCCUGACCUGGCAGCGUGAAGGGAAAGACCUGACUGAGGACAUGGAGCUAGUGGACACCAGGCCUGCAGGGGAUGGAACCUUUCAGAAGUGGGCAGCUGUGGCUGUGCCCCCUGGAGAGGAGCAGAGAUACACGUGCCAUGUGCAUCACCAGGGGCUGCCUGAGCCCCUGACCCUGAGAUGGGAACCCCCUCCUCAGACCUCCAUCACCAUCAUCUUUGUGGGCAUUGCUGCUGCCCUGGGUCUCCUUGGAGCUGUGGCUGCUGGAGCUGUGCUGUGGAGGAGGAAGAGCUCAGGCAGAGGCAGGGAGAACUACACUCAGACUGCCUGCAACAACAGUGUCCAGGGCUCUGAUGAGUGUCUCCCAGCUCUUAAGGGUGAAACUCUGAGGCAGGAAGUAACAGGCAUUGUGACCAGGAGGCCCAGCGAAGUUUUUGGUUCUCUCAGAAUGGGACAUUCUGAGCAUGUGGUGAGCUACAGGAAAAUGUGACACUUCUGAAAUUGACCUGAAUUUCUUCAUGACAACUUUCUUUCCCAGUGCGACAGAGCUGCCUUGUCCAGGACUUUGUACUAAAUAGUCAUUGCAGCUUCCCCUUGGGACUUUAAGCGACCCUGACUGCUGUUUCUGCAACUGGCAUCAGAAUGUGUCUUCUUAUCAGCAUCAGUGAGGAGCUGGUCACCAUGCUACCCUCCCCAUAGGGACCUGUGUCCUCUGCCCUGGGGACUACCCUGUCCUAGCAGAGGUAGGGUGAAGCCAUCCCCAUCCUGGUCAUCCUUUGACUGGAUCAUCUUUGUUGCUCCUUUGUCCAUGGUGCUUCCGGAGAAACUUGUCCCCCCAGGACCUGGGAUUUUAGGGACUUGAGGGUCACCUGGGCCUUCUGGUGGCUCCAGGACUGUGCUCAGUGAGGACUUUCUGUGGCUGCAUCAGCCUGGGCUCAGGCCUGGGUCUGGCCCACAGCCCCCAUCUUUUGGGUGUUUGUUGUUUCUUUUUCUUUUUUUCUUUUAUAUAUAUUGUACCCUUGUUUUGUAAAAAUUAAAUUAUUUUAGUUUUUAGUUAAA